CUCCUAUCCAGUAGGUGGCGGGAAUGCACCAUUUAAGUUGGUUUGCCAACCGCCAUUAAAUUUAAAAGAAGAAGAAGUUCUGAAGGAGAGAAAUCGUGUCCCGAGGCGCUUGUUUUACUCGCUCUCCAGCCGGGGGCGCUGCAGUGGCGUGAUCAGCGGGGAAUGAGCUGUUGGCGGGGAGGAGAUCUCAGACUCGGGCACUAGUAGGGUGUGGACGCUGGAAGAGUGUCGGUCUGGACUGUCCCAGUCAUCACCGUUGAUCCGCUCCAGCUAAAAGCGGCCAUAUAAACAGUGCAGCGCCGACACCAGACACUUGCCCUGUGGCUGUGAAGAGACUGUCCCAUCGCACCCUUCCCGUGGCUGGAUGUUCUGUUAGACCCUCGCCUGUCAUCUUUAGGGUACAGCAGCAUCAGACGCCUCUCCCAGGACGCUCCUGGUAGGGGACGAACGAUUUGGGUAGCGUGAGAGGAGAAGAGGGUGCAGAGAUGGAUGACAUCUUCACUCAGUGCCGUGAAGGCAACGCGGUAGCAGUCCGCCUCUGGUUGGACAACACAGAGAACGACCUAAACCAGGGGGAUGAUCACGGGUUUAGUCCGUUGCACUGGGCGUGCCGUGAGGGUCGUUCAGGUGUCGUGGACAUGCUCAUCAUGAGAGGGGCACGCAUCAAUGUCAUGAACCGCGGCGACGACACACCCCUGCACCUGGCUGCGAGUCACGGCCACCGUGACAUUCUGGCCAAGCUGAUCCAGUGUAAAGCAGAUACCAAUGCGGCAAACGAGCACGGCAACACCCCUCUCCAUUACGCCUGCUUCUGGGCCCACGACCUGGUGGCAGAGGAUCUGGUCAAUAAUGGUGCUCAGGUGAGCAUCUGCAACAAGUAUGGAGAAACUCCACUGGACAAGGCCAAACCACAGCUUGCCGCAAAUCUGAAAGAGCUGGCGGAGAAACAGGGACAAAGCCUGACCAAAGUUCCUUUCAAGGACACUUUCUGGAAGGGAACCACUCGAACGAGACCACGUAACGGCACACUAAACAAACAAGCUGGAAUAGAUUAUAAGCAGCUCUCCAUGCUGGCCAAGAUCAACGAGAACCACUCUGGGGAGCUGUGGCAAGGCCGCUGGCAGGGCACAGAGAUUGUGGUCAAGAUGCUUCAUGUGCGGGAUUGGACUACAAGAAAGAGCCGUGACUUUAAUGAGGAGUACCCUAAACUAAGUCCAGCAAUUGAUGAAGACAUGACGGCCAGGAUAAGCAUGGCAGAUGUUAAGUUCUCCUUUCAGUGUCCUGGCAGGAUGUACUCUCCUGCAUGGGUGGCACCUGAAGCCCUGCAGAAGAAGCCAGAGGAGAUUAACCGGCGCUCUGCAGACAUGUGGAGUUUUGCAGUGUUGCUCUGGGAGCUUGUCACCAGAGAGGUGCCCUUCGCUGACCUCUCAAACAUGGAAAUUGGCAUGAAGGUGGCACUAGAGGGACUGCGGCCAACCAUCCCACCGGGCAUUUCCCCCCACAUCUGCAAGCUAAUGAAAAUCUGCAUGAACGAGGAUCCUGCCAAGAGGCCCAAAUUCGACAUGAUCGUGCCCAUCCUAGAGAAGAUGCAAGACAAAUGAAACA